AUGCACGGUGUAGGGCCUGUAGCAAGUUUGCCAGGAUGUAGAUGGUUCGACUUUAACGUAGCCAUGCACGGUGUAGGGCCUGUAGCAAGUUUGCCAGGAUGUAGAUGGUUCGACUUUAACGUAGCCAUGCACGGUGUAGGGCCUGUAGAAACUUUAUUAGUGUUCUGCCGUUAUGGUAUACUGGUUUCUGAGUUACAUUGUUCAGUAGCAUUGUCAGUGUUACGCAGGUACAGGCAAAUGCGGAAAUUGUCGAACUCAUUGCUUAUUACGCUUUCUACUGCUGACUUACUAGUGGCGCUAGUGUGCAUGCCAAUGGCAGUAGGAUCAACAACCUACAGAUUAUGGAUAUUUGGUGACGUCAUGUGCAAGUUGACCAAUUAUCUCCAAGGUGUCGCUGUUUCAGCCAGUGUCUUUACCAUGACUGUGAUGAGCAUCGAUAGGUAUGUCGUCAUAUGUCAUCCAAUAACGUUCAGAAAGUGCUUCUGCAGACGUCACUUCCGGUGGGGAAUCGUGUUUUUAUGGUUGGUGGCAUUCGGUAUUUUUGUGCCUAUGUUAGUUGUCCGUCAGACAGGAGGAUUCAGCUUAUCGACACCAAUAAACAAUACAGAAGUAGCUUUCGUCUACUGUGUAGAAGUGUGGCAGGACAUUUGGGGCCGUCGGAUCUAUGGACUGGCCACAUUUUUAAUUGUCAAUGUGUUCCCAGCAGUAAUAAUGUUCUCAGCUUACAGUAAAAUUGGCAUCCAGCUUUGUGAUCAGAAAGUGGAGUUGACCAGAGAUCAAUCUUUCGGCCAUAUACUCCGGAAACAGACGUCCUCCUUCAGGCUGAAAAAUAUUAUCCAAUGUCGUCGCGUCGUGGCUAGACGGUUUGUGAUCUUAACGCUCGUGUUUGCUAUCUGUUGGGUGCCCUAUAACAUCACCACUCUUUUGAUGGACUUCCCUCUACAGCAAGGCGUUCACGAAUACCUUAUGGCCUUUCUGCCCUUCGGACUUCUACUGGGCCACGCCAACAGCGCCAUCAACCCACUUCUCUACUGCUGGCUGAACCGAAAAUUCGGCCGUUGUUUUAGAGAACUACUGCGAUGUCGGAAACGAAGCGCCUUCCAGCGGGACAGAGCGAUGGCAUUUUAUCAUGCCGACAUAAGGUAA